CACCUGUGCAAGACUGAAGGGGAGGAGCCGGUACAUCUGUGCAAGACUGGAGGGGAGGAACCUGUACACCUGUGCAAGACUGAAGGGGAGGAGCCGGUAAACCUGUGCAAGACUGAAGGGGAGGAGCCGGUACACCUGUGCAAGACUGAAGGAGGAGACUGGAGGGGAGGAGCCGGUACACCUGUGCAAGACGGGAGGGAGGAGCCGAUACACCUGUGCAAGACUGGAGGGGAGGAGCCGGUACAUCUGUGCAAGAUUGGAGGGGAGGAGCCG